GACAUGCGGCUAAUCCCUUCUUUUGGCGGGAAAAUGUUACCAUAUUAUCUCGGCUUCCGGAGGAAGCAGCUUCCCAAACGGUACACGCACUCCCUGUUGCCAACGCGACCGCCAUCGCCGCUGCGUAAUGGUACUCCAUCUCUCCCUCUCUCUCGCCUAGAGUUGCACCCUCUUCUUUAAUGGCGGUCUUAAGGUCUCGAAAAUCACUCCCGAGUAGAUCUCCUUCCCAAGCCCUAGAGAAAGAGGCGCUCGAACCCGCCACCCCCGCCAAACCUUACGAACACUAUCCCUCCUGCUCGGUCCCAUCUUCGUCUCAUCUUUCAGGCGCCCUAGGGUUCGGCUCUGAUUCGGUAUCUGGAGCAGUUCGGAGGCGGAGUCUCCGACUCGCUUCGAAACCAAAUCCAAAUGGCGAAAGCACCGGAGAGGCCUCAGUCUCGGUUUCCGUUCGCAAACGGAAGAGCCUUGACGGAGAAGAUGAAUCUGGUUCUGCAAAUGAGGGUAACGAUUCGAUUGUAGACAAGGUUAGGGUUUCAGAGCAGAAGAUGGGUAUGGAUGGAUCAGGUUAUUGUUUGGAAAAUUCUAGGAUCAGUAAUGGAAGGAGUAAGAGUUCAAAAAAGGCCAAAGAGACUGGAAAAUUGGAGGAUUUGGUGGGUAUGAAGGUAGGAGAAGAGCAUGAGAGUCGUAAUGGGUUUUUGAGAUUGCGAUCAGGGGCUAGGGUUGCCAAGAGAGGAAGGGAUGUAGUUGGUAUUGGUUCAGUUGCAAUUGAGAAUGAAAGUAGCUACUGUGUUUGUGAAAGAGAAAGGGAAGCAACAGAUAAAGAAGUUGACAGAGUGUUGAGAGAUAGAAGAGGAGAAGGUGUUGUUGCUGAAAAGUUGGUGAAGGAAGCAAUCGCUGAUAGGGUAAGAUUCAGCAGGGAAGAUGAGGAGCACAAAUCAGUCAAGGAUGCUCUGCUAUCAAAUGGUACAGCUUUAGUGGGAUUGAAUUUGCAAGCUAAAGCAAAGAAAUUGAGUACAGACACAGUUUUGGGUUCCAUCUGUUCACGGCUCAAAAACACUCCGAGUUUGCCUCCGGUAACUAGACUUUCAAAGAGGAAACUGGAUGCAGCUGGUGCUGAUAUUACCCAAGUUGAGAAUGAAGACUGUGAAUCGGUUCAAGGGAAAGGAGUGAGAACUAGCAAAAGAAAAGGGAUUUUGCUUGAUGAAAUUCAACAGGAUGUUGGUGCUGAAGAGCUGGAGAAAGAGCCAAGUUCUGAUGAAAAUGGUUGUGUUAAGGGCAGGAGGAGAUUCAGCAAGCAAGAAAAGGGGAAGGGGAAAUUAGUUGAGGAUGCUUUGUUACCAAAUGACAAUCCAGUGACAUUGAAUGUAGAACCUAAAGAUAAGAAUUCAAUUGAAGAUAUCAUUUCAGAUGCUGUAUGGCUGAAGGGUAAUGUAGCAUUGCAGGUUGAGAAGCAGGUGAUAGAGACUAAGCCAACAGGGAAUUCGUCAAGAGCAACGGAAUACAAGGAACGGUUUCGACAUAUAGCUAGAAAAAAUGCAUCUCGGUUUGCUCAUUUUACUCCCCAAGAAGAAGAGGAUCAUGCUUCUGUUGAGGCUGAUCAGGAAAUGCCAUCUAGAGAAGCUGGACAGGAAAUUGAAGAUUGGCCUGGUCCUUUUUCUACUGCUAUGAAGAUUAUUAAGGACCGGGCAAUGCAUCUGAAUAAGCAACAGAACUUUUCCUCCGACAAAUGCAAUUCAGUUCCGCUAAAAUGGCAUCCAAGGGUUGAUAAGGGCUGUCAAAACUUAGAGCCGUUAGUUCCUUCAUUGCAGGAGCUAUGCCUGGCAGUUCUUGCCAGGAAUGCCGAAUCAAUCACUUCACUUGAGCAUGUCCCUGAUGAAUUUAGGCACAAGCUCAGUCAGUCGCUAUGUGAUUCUCGGAGAAUGACUGGUCAUUUUAUUGACCUUCUUUUUUGUGGGUGCCCUACGGAAGUUCGUAUUAGGGAUUGCUCAUGGUUAACAGAGGAACAGUUCACAAGAACCUUUGACCAGUGUGACUCCAAUAACUUGACGGUACUACAACUUGACCAAUGUGGGCGCUGUAUGCCAGAUUAUAUAUUACUGGCAACCUUGGCUCAGUCAUCAAAUUGCUUGCCUGCAUUAACUACCAUCUCCCUGAAGGGGGCUUGCAGGCUUUCGGACGUUGGGUUAAGUGCACUUCUUCGUGCUGCCCCUGCACUAAAAUCUAUAAAUCUCUCGCAGUGCUCCCUUCUGAGCUCAAGUUCUAUUGACGCUUUGGCAGACUCACAUGGGUCAGUUCUGAGGGAAUUAUACAUUGAUGAUUGCCAAAGCAUAGAUGCUAUGCAUAUUCUGCCAGCAUUGCAGAAGCUAGAACACUUGGAAGUGUUGUCUCUAGCUGGCCUUCAAUCUGUGUGCGAUGAUUUUAUAAGGAGCUUCAUUAUUAUGAGAGGUCAAAAUAUGAAGGAGCUCAUUUUAACUGAUUGCGUGAAAUUGACUGAUUCUUCCUUGAAAGUCAUAGCUGAAACCUGUUCUAGCUUAUCUGCACUUGACCUAGUUAACUUAUGCAAAUUGACAGAUUCUGCGAUAGGAUACCUUGCGAAUGGUUGUCAAGCUAUUCAAAGACUAAAGCUCUGCCGCCAUGCUUUCAGUGAUGAAGCUGUUGCUGCUUUCCUGGAAACUUGUGGAGAGUCUUUACUAGAGCUUUCACUCAAUAAUGUCAACAAGAUUGGCCACCACACAGCCAUGUCACUUGCUAGACGUGCAAGAAAGUUGCUGAGACUUGAUCUGUCUUGGUGUCGCAAACUGUCGAAUGAGGCCUUGGGGUUGAUUGUGGAUAGUUGCACGUCACUGAAGGUGCUUAAGCUGUUUGGAUGCAGUCAGAUUUCGGACGUGUUCUUGGAUGGCCACUCAAAUAAGCAGGUGAAAAUCAUUGGAUUGAAGCUGGCUCCAAUUUUAGAACAUCUCUAGGAGGCUGGUACUGUAACCUUGUAGUGUUAUAUUUGUCAAUGGCAAAACAUGUCAAUUAGUAAUAUGUUUUUACUCAUAGGUUUAAACAUUCUAUCAAUCCAAUUGUCACCCUAUAAUGGUUGUUUCUGUAAUUUUGGCAGCCAAAGUGUUCUUUCUGUGCUGGCUGUUGGUGUUAUUUUGUUGUUACUGUUCGCCUUCUUCUGUAUCUAAAUUGCACGGAAAUCUUUGAAAUGAAUUUUUAGCUGACGCCUCUCCCCAGAGACGGGCUAUAUA